AACAUGGUAUUUUACUCCUGUGUUCAGGCGGUGACUUUCACUUCAUAAUUCCUGGUAUGUUAUGAAGGACACAAAAGCAUAGAUAAGGACAGUGGUGUUAGUGCAGUAAUAUCACUUCAGUUUUUACGAGCUGUCUCCCAUCAGUCACGGAUCACAAACCCUCUUGCGUGUCAUAGCAAGAACUUCUGGCCCAGAGCCAGCUCGCCGUUAAGAGCCCAGUCUGCAACCUGUGAUUGGCCGGUGGAUCAGCGUUUUAUAUUGAAUACACGCGUUAAGUAAGGGCUCGAGCGUUUAAAAUCUGGUUAAAUAGGGAGGCACGUCUUUACGGGGAGGGUUGUGGGAGGCUGAAACGAGCCAAGUCAAGUCAUGCAGCCCAAGCCGGUGGCCUGGGAUCCUUGCGUGAAAGAGAUGGGUAGAUGGGUUCAGACCUGCGCUCUCCGUCUGGGCCCACGCUCGGCUGCUGUCGGCUCUGCCUCGUCUGCUGAAGGCUCACCAGGCACAGGCCGCGGCUCUGCCUGAGCACAUGGCCUGGCUGCCUUGCUUUGGCAGCACAUGUACUAAAAUUACACUUCCUGCUGCCUCCAGCCGCUGUUGUGAAACCCGUGCAGGCGGCUGGGGGCCUCUGGCCAUGUGGAGCUCCUGAGCUGGAGUGUGUGGCUCCCUGUUUAUUUACAGAGGGAACUGGGGGGGGGGUGUCCUGCUGCUCCCAGGAGAAACUGUAAACAGUGUUCAGGUCCUUACUUAAUGCAAACAGGCAGCAAUUUGAGGAGGAGGUAAUCUCUAAAUGUGGCUACUCCCUCCUGGUGUUUGUCCAGCCCGCCCACGGCUGCUGAGCGUCACCCUGCAAAACAAGCCCUUUAUGGAGGCUUAACUACAGUUAACCCGAGAAGACUCCAUCUUUAAACCCGCCUUGCAGUGGAACUGCUCCUCCUGAUCAGUCACGUUGGGAUCCAGUGGCGCCAACACCGUCCUGAUGCCUGAAACCCUGCUCUUUGUGUCCACACUCGAUGGGAAUCUGCACGCGGUCAGCAGGAGGUCGGGAGCUAUCAAGUGGACCCUGAAGGAAGAUCCUGUGCUUCAAGUUCCAACACAUGUGGCAGAGCCAGCGUUCCUGCCGGACCCCAACGACGGCAGCUUGUACUCUCUGGGGGGCAAGAACAGUGAGGGGCUGACGAAACUGCCUUUCACGAUCCCUGAAUUGGUGCAAGCUUCGCCCUGCCGCAGCUCGGAUGGGAUUCUCUACAUGGGUAAGAAGCAGGACCUGUGGUACGUAGUUGAUAUGCUGACUGGAGAGAAGCAGCAGACCCUGACCUCCUCCUUCGCCGAGACCCUCUGUCCCUCCUCCUCUCUGCUCUACCUGGGCCGCACAGAGUACACCAUCACCAUGUACGACACUAAGAGCCGCGAGCUGCGCUGGAACGCCACGUACUUUGACUAUGCCUCUACGCUGCCCGAUGAGGACACCAAGUACAAGAUGGCUCACUUCGUGUCCAACGGGGACGGGCUGGUGGUGACGGUGGACAGCGAGUCCGGGGACGUGCUCUGGAUGCAGAACUACAACUCGCCGGUGGUGGCCGUGUACAUCUGGCAGCGGGAGGGCCUGCGCAAGGUGCCGCACACCAACGUCGCCGUGGAGACGCUGCGCUACCUCACCUUCAUGUCCGGCGAAGUGGGGCGCAUCACCCAGUGGAAGUACCCCUUCCCCAAGGAGAACAAGCACAAGAACAAGCUGAUGGCGACGCUUUACGUGGGCAAGUAUUCCACCAGCCUGUAUGCCUCCCCUUCGCUGGUGCAUGAUGGAGUCACAGUGGUGCCGAGGGGGAGUACUUUCCCCCUGCUGGAGGGUCCUGACAGCCCAAACGCGAGGAUCGCAGAGGACAAGGAGUGCGUCAUCACCCCAAGCACGGAUGUGAAAUUCUCUGCUACCUCUCUGAAGGAGAAGAACAGGAUCAACUUCAUGAGAAACCAUUUGCUGCUGAUCGGUCACCAUGAGACCCCCCCCGCCGCCCACACCACCAUCCUGGAGAAGUUCCCGGACAGCCUCCCUCGUCACCCUGGCAACGUCAUUCCGCCUGGCACGGAGAAGAACUUCGAGGAGCAGGUGCGCGACGUGGACGUGGAAGAGCCUGCCCCCAGGCCCCCGGUCACCUCUGUCCAGGAGACGUACGGCAGGCAGCCUGGCCGCCCCGAGGCCCCGGUGGACUCCAUGCUGAAGGACAUGGCCACCAUCAUCUUCAGCACCUUCCUCUUGGCUGGCUGGGUGGCCUUUGUCAUCACCUACCCUAAGAGCUUCCAGAGGCAGCAGCAGCUGCAGCACCAGCAGUUCCAGAAGCAGCUGGAGGAGAAGAUCGAGCUCCUGAAGAAGCAGCAGCCGCUGUUCCAGCCGCCGCCCGACCUGCCCCAGGACGCGGACUUCCUGGACGGGGCCCGGGCGCGAGGCGAGAGCUCCGGCAACAGCAGCCCCUGCGCCAGCCCCCGCGCCUCCAACCACUCCAACCUGUCCUCUGGCGAGAUGGGCGGCUCCGCCACCGAGCGCGAGGAGGGAGACGAAGAAUCGAAUGUCGUCCGGGUGGGGAACAUUACGUUUAAUCCCAGAGACGUGCUGGGCCACGGGGCAGAGGGAACAGUCGUCUACAAGGGCCGGUUCGAUGACCGCGCGGUGGCGGUGAAGAGGAUCCUGCCCGAGUGCUUCAGCUUCGCGGACAGGGAGGUGCAGCUGCUCCGGGAGUCCGACGAGCACCCCAACGUUAUCCGCUACUUCUGCACGGAGAGGGACCGGCAGUUCCAGUACAUCGCCCUCGAGCUGUGCGCUGCCACCCUGCAGGAGUAUGUGGAGCAGAAAGACUUCGACCGCCACAGCCUGGAGCCAGUGACACUGCUGCAGCAGACCAUGUCCGGCCUGGCCCACCUGCACUCUCUCAGCAUCGUGCACAGAGACCUGAAGCCGCACAACAUCCUGGUUUCCAUGCCCAACGCCCACGGGCGCGUCAAGGCCAUGAUCUCGGACUUCGGGCUGUGCAAGAAGCUGGCGGUGGGCAGGCACAGCUUCAGCCGCAGGUCGGGGGUGCCAGGCACAGAGGGAUGGAUCGCGCCUGAGCUGCUAAGCGAGGACAGCAAGGACAACCCGACGUGUGCCGUGGACAUCUUCUCCGCCGGCUGCGUGUUCUACUAUGUGGUGUCGGAAGGCAGCCACCCCUUUGGCAAGUCCCUGCAGCGGCAAGCCAACAUCUCCCUGGGCGCCUGCAGCCUGGACUGGCUGCAGCCGGACAAGCACGAAGACGCAGUUGCCUCUGACCUGAUAGUCCAGAUGAUCAGCAUGGAGCCACAGAAGAGGCCAAUGGCCGAAAGUGUGUUGAAACACCCCUUCUUCUGGAACCUGGAGAAACAGCUGCAAUUUUUCCAGGACGUCAGCGACCGGAUUGAAAAGGAGCCGCUGGAUGGGCCGAUAGUGAGGCAGCUGGAGAGGGGAGGCAGGAGCGUGGUGAGGGGCGACUGGAGGGAGCACAUCACUGUCCCGCUGCAGACAGAUCUCCGAAAAUUCCGCUCGUACAAAGGGGGAUCGGUGAGGGAUCUCCUCCGUGCCAUGAGGAAUAAGCAGAAGCACCACUACAGGGAGCUGCCUGCGGACGUCCAGGAGACCCUGGGCUCCAUCCCGGAGGCCUUCGUGUCGUACUUCACCUCCCGCUUCCCCCACCUGCUGCUGCACACCUACCUGGCCAUGCGGACCUGUGCGCACGAGCGCCCCUUUCUGCCCUACUACCCCCCCCCGGGCCCGGCGGCACCGGCGCCACCCUGUGACCGCUGAGGGGCGGGGAGGGUUCGCCUGACCCCUCGCGAUACAUUCCAGGGCUGGCUCUCCCCCGGCGCGGCCCGCACACCAGACUCAUGUCCCCCCCCCCGCCAUCACCCAAGUGCCUUCAGCUCAUGAGCAGCGCCGCUCUGGACUGGUCUGGACAGACCCGCCUGCUGGUUCUGGCUCUGCAGCAAGACUGGACCGGGCCUGCGGAGGUCUCGGGGAGAACACGGCAAAGCAAAACGGAAGAACUGGAGGCCGGAGAUUGCUUUUUUUUUAUCAUAUAAAGUACUGCACAGUCCAGAUGGCCUCUUUAUCGCCCCCAAUGGGGGAAGGGAAUCGCUUUGACCCAAAUGCCGGUUUUCUCCAUUUCCUACUGCGACCUGCCUCCUGCUACCUGCUGUCCCUGGACGAGAACCCAUCGCGAUCUGCAGUGUUUCUCGGGGGGUCUGCUGUGUCGGAUGUGGACAGUGCACCUUUGCACUAACGGAAAUGCUGAGAUGUUCAGAUCUGAGUCAUGUUCAAUGUUCACGUUUGCCAUCGGGUGUUCAUCUUGCCAUGAUUUCCGUGCCCAUCCUAUGUUUGCAUAGCAAUCUCAUUCGCUCCUUUCCAAGAAUAUUUUCACAGCUAUUUGGGCCUGUAACCCUUAAGCCUGCAGGGGUUUGUGUCGUAUGUCCAGUAUACAGCAGACAGACCCCGGAGUCUGACGGUCGGGAAGCCUGAUCUGCUUUCUCUGGCGUGGCCCCCCACCCAUAGCGCAGUCAUGUGCGUCUGCAUGGGGCCGUGCCGGGAGACCCUGGGGGACACCUUCGGGUGCUGUGGACCGCGUCGAAGGCUGGGCAGGGGGUGACGGAGGCGUGGCCCGAGACCGCGGUGGAAAUGAGCCGGUUUCUCCUUGGCGGCUUGCCUGGCAAGAGCGCCGCUUUCGUCCUGAUCGGAUCACGCCGGCACGCCAGGCUGGGGAGGAAAGCAGGGACUUUCCCCUGUCUCUUCCACGGAUUCAGUCCCACUCGUCCCCUGCUCCACUGCAGCCUCCGGGUCUCCGGUGGAGACCUCCCCCCGUCCGCCCGAGCCGCGGGGUCUCCAGGAUGCCCUCGCCCUCCCGUGCAGGGAGCAGAGCCGUGUGUGGACUCGAACUCGCGAGUACAGGAAUCGCCGGGCGCCUGUAGACGGGGAGAGAGAGAGAGGAGGGCUCUGGAACCCGGUGGGUUUUGUCAGACUGGAGACAGAUGCAAUGUUGCAGCAUUAAAAUUAAAAAGCGUCGCUACACAUAUACAGUAUGUAUGUAUUUUCAUUCCUGAUGCUAAAAUCCGUACCAAAUAUUCCACUUCAGCAGACUGGGCAGGAGGAAAGGGCACCAGCCUAAUGCAUCUCUCCAGUGGUUUUAUGCUAAUUUGUUUUCUAAAAAUUGUUUUUAAUCACUGCUUUUGAAAAAGAACAUGUAAGUUAUUUAUUUAAGGGGAAGCUAAAGAAUAUUUCAUUCCCGCGGUCUUCUGUGUUUGUUUUUUUUUUUUGGAGCUAAUUUAUACUCUUUUUUUUUCUUAUUGUCGGUCAUCUGCAGGCCUGAUGUUGAAAUUGAGAUGCCAAAUAAACAGUCAGUAUAUUCCAACGUG